GUCUUGAAGUCUUGCUAAAUUUUUGUUUGGUGCCAUUAGAGAUAGACAGAGAGGGUGGCUUUGUUUAUCUUUCAGCUCGUGGCGUGACCUCUGCUUUCACCUUUUUCCAGACGGCGAAGGAGGAGACGGCGGCGUUGGUGGCGGCAGCGCUGGUAAGUUCCGGCAAUGUGAAAUCCGACCACCAAGAGAUUAAUGUGAAGCCGGGUCAAGUAAUCAAGUCAGUGGGGGAGGACACGGUCUGCAAUGGCCUGUUCGAUCUAUUUUGUUUUCUCACCGAUCUCUGCAUCUUCUUAGCUCAGGUCAGAUGUUGCUUUCAAAACCUGGGAAUCGUGUGGUUAUAUUAGUCUUAGACUGAUGAAAAUAAAACCAAGAAUUGUUUUUGGGAGAAACAUUCAUCUAGGGGCUUUUUGGAAUGCAGGAGAAAAGAUGGGGGGUGCUUUUGAUUUCUUGAUUUAGUAGUAUAGAUCUUUCAUUUAGGUGGUAAGGUUUUGAUUGCCCGAUUGGUAUGAUCAGUCGGGAUGUCGUUCAAGAGCAUUGUGCGCGAGCUGAGGGAGAUGAAAGACGGGAUAGGGAGCAUGUCGAGGAGAGGGUUGGAAGGGAGGCAAUGGCGGCGGAGUAGGACGCUAUCACAUAUAGCUCCCGAUUUGGCUCAUUCUGAUCCAAUUGAGCAGGGGCGGUGGGCAAAUCUACCGCCCGAAUUGCUGUUGGAUAUAAUCCAGAGAGUUGAAGAGAGCGAGACAUCAUGGCCUGCCCGGACUGUGGUUCUGUUUUGUGCAUCGGUUUGUAAGUCGUGGAGGGAGAUCACUAAGGCCAUUGUCAAGACUCCCGAGGAAUGCGGGAGGCUAACCUUUCCCAUUUCACUUAAGCAGCCAGGACCUCGAGACCCUCCAAUCCAGUGCUUUAUCAAAAGGGAUAGAGCUACUUCGAUUUAUCGCCUCUACCUUGGUUUGACUCCAUCUGAGGACGAGAGUGACAAAUUGUUGCUGGCAGCCAAAAAGACGAGAAGGGCAACGAGCACCGACUUUGUGGUAUCGUUGGUUGCAGGUGAUUUUUCACGAGCCAGCCAUACAUAUGUCGGGAAACUGAGGUCUAACUUUCUUCGAACCAAGUUCACCAUAUACGAUAGCCAACCGCCAAACGAUGCUGCAGUUCAGCAAAACAGCCAACUGAGUCGAAGAUUUCACACCAAGCAAGUGUCUCCAAUAUUAUCUGCGUGUAAUUACAGUGUUGCCAGUAUUUCCUACGAACUCAAUGUCCUACGCACCAGAGGGCCGAGGAGAAUGCGAUGCAUAAUGCAAUCAAUUCCUUUCUCCUCGAUUCAGGAGGGGGGCACAGCUCCCACGCCAACAUCAUUCCCACAAAGCUUUGAUAGAACAUCAUCGUCCUUAACAGCUUCAAUAGAUAAAAAGCCAGCUGGUGAUUUUACGGGCUCUCUAGAGUCAGCACCACCGCCUUCUGAAGAGCCACUUACCCUAAAAAACAAGGCCCCUAGAUGGCACGAACAGUUGCAGUGCUGGUGCCUAAAUUUUAAAGGCCGGGUCACAGUGGCUUCGGUUAAAAACUUCCAACUCGUGGCUGCAGUCGACCCGUCUCACAACAUCCCAGCUGCAGAACAGGAGAAAGUGAUCCUGCAGUUUGGGAAAAUCGGGAAGGAUAUCUUCACCAUGGACUAUCGCUACCCUCUUUCCGCCUUCCAGGCUUUUGCCAUCUGCUUGAGCAGCUAUGACACGAAACUAGCCUGCGAAUGAUCUUAAUGCGGAUCGUAAAUCCUCAUCAUCUUUUGUUUUUGUUGCUGGUAACACAGUAGAGUUCUCUGUUUAUUCCCUAUAAAAGAUGCCACUGCCCAUUAAUUAUUGCUGAGAAUAAUGCUGCUUAGUAGUAAGUAGCUUCUUCAGUGUUAGUUGCUCAGAUCAAAGGAACUGCUCUUUUACUUCCCUGUUUAUUGUUGAAAUUGAGGAAUUGAGGCAGAAGCUCAAUAUAUGAAGACCAAAAGACAAAGAUGUAUAUUGAUAAUAAUACUAAUAUUUUGUUGUAUACA